ACAUGGAAAACCUGAGGCGGGAGGCGGCCCGGCCCUAUGUCCCCUCGGGCACCCUGGAACGCUACUUCCCUGCCCCUCUACACAGCAAUGACUACCUGUCCAUGGAGGGCGCCCGCUGGGCACCAGCCAUCCAGCAAGCCGUGCGCUGGAAGUUCGCACCCAUGGGACGGGACGCAGCUGGCCAGGUGUGGUACACCGGCCUGACCAACUCGGAACCACGCGAGGCCUGGUACAUGCUGCCCAGCGCGCUCGACAGCCCGUACCGCGAGGCCCACGCGCGCUGGCACGGCUGCUUCAAGAGUCGCCAGCGCAGCCUGCCGACCGCCUACACGCAGCACCUGCGGGAGACGGCCUUUUGGGACCCCACGCUGCCCGCGCAGUACCUCAGCCCCGGCACGCGCUGGGGGUGCGUGCCCUGGAGGGACAGGCACAUCCGCGGCAAGGAGUUCGCGGUCAACAGGAACCAGUUCGGGGCAGAGCUGCCUUGGCGGUCCGACUACGUGCCCUACCUGUCGCCGCCGCAGCGGCCGCGCUACACCUCGCAGGACUUCAGGCACCUGGGUGGCGAUCGCCCCUGCCCGGCCACGGGCCAGCCACCCCCGGCCUUCACGCCCUCGCUCUGAUAAAGCCCUGCUGCCAA